UUGUAACCAUUCGCAUUCGCAUGCUCGAAGAUCUUUUCCAGUUCCACCACUUUCAACAAACGAAGCAUCGCGGCGAGUGCAGCGCGUUCUCGAUAGUGAGAGUCGGGUUUGGGUGUAACCAGUAGUGGCGUGUCAUGUAGUCAUGGAUAUCGUAAACUUACAAUUUUUGUUGUUUUUUACACUGGUUUAUUCAUCAGCGAACGCAGGUAUAUACUAUGAGUAUGAAUGCAACUACCCACUACUAGAGAAGGCAGCAAUCAAAGCAACUUCAUCAUUGAGUGAAAGAGGUCCUGAAAACGCCAUUCUCUAUGGGGAUUCGGCAUGGAGUCCGGUGGAGAGCACGUACUAUCACUUUCUCACGUUCGACCUGGGCGGCCGGUUCGAGGUGCGCUCCGUCGCCACGCAGGGCCGGUCGCACUCGAACGAGUACGUCACUGAAUACGUUGUGCAAUUCUCUGACGACGGCGAGGCGUGGAGGAGUUUUACUGACACACGGGGCGAAGUUCAGAUGUUCAAAGGUAAUGUCGACGGAAAUUCGGUUGUGAAGAACGAAUUCGAAGUUCCAAUCAUCGCGCAAUGGAUUCGUGUGAAUCCAACGCGUUGGCGCGAUCGUAUUUCCCUGCGUGUCGAGCUCUACGGCUGCGACUAUGCUUCGGAGACGAUGUACUUCAAUGGCAGCUCACUGCUGCGCAUGGAUUUACUCCGUGCGCCGAUUUCGGCCGCGCGGGAGACUUUCCGCUUCCGGUUCAAGACCAUCGCCGCCAAUGGCAUUCUGAUUUAUUCCAGAGGGACGCAGGGUGAUUACAUCGCGCUGCAAUUACGCGAUAAUCGAAUGCUGCUAAAUAUAGAUCUUGGUUCUGGCAUUGUGACGAGUCUAUCAGUCGGCUCCCUGCUGGAUGAUAACAUUUGGCACGACGUUGUGAUAUCCCGCAACCGGCGCGAUAUAUUAUUCUCUGUUGAUCGGGUUAUUGUUCAUGGUCGUAUCAAUGGCGAGUUUAUGCGACUUAACCUCAAUCGUGGGUUCUAUAUCGGCGGCGUGCCUAAUAAUCAAGAGGGUUUGCUUGUCGUGCAGAACUACACCGGUUGCAUUGAGAACUUUUACAUCAACUCAACAAGCGUUUUUCUUGAUAUCAAAGAAGCCAAUGAAUGGGGCGAAGCUCUCAAAUAUGAACGUAUCAACACGAUGGAAUCCUGCCCGGAGCCGCCGAUUAUUCCUGUCACAUUCCUCACGGCUAACUCCUUUGCAAGACUCAAGGGUUACGAAGGCAUGACUUCUUUAAACUCAUCAUUCCACUUUAGAACCUAUGAAAAAACAGGCCUGAUGUUAUACCAUGCGUUUUCUUCAUCCGGACACGUCGCCAUCUUUCUGGAAACCGGUAAAAUAAAAGUGGAGCUGGUCACGCCGGAUAACCCUCGCGUGAUUUUGGAUAAUUACCAGGAGACCUUUAACGACGGCAAAUGGCACAGUGUUGUACUGACAAUCAACACCAACACCUUAGUCCUGAGUGUGGAUUAUCGGCCAAUGAAGACAACGCGCAGGUUGAAGAUCGUCACCGGUGGCAUUUACAUGAUUGCCGGUGGCAUUUCCGGAACCAUUGGUGAUCAAAUCCAAGCGCAUAUGCCUGGAUUCAUUGGCUGCAUGCGCACGAUUUCGAUCGAUGGGAAUUUCAAACUGCCCACGGAUUGGUCCAAGGAGGAGUAUUGCUGUGAGGAUGAAGUUGUGUUUGAUGCUUGUAGGAUGAUUGACCGAUGCAAUCCGAAUCCAUGCGAACACGGAGGUAUUUGCAAGCAGAAUUCUUUGGAAUUUAUGUGUGAUUGUACUGAUUCUGGUUAUGGUGGUUCUGUCUGUCAUACAUCAUUACAUCCGUUGUCUUGCGAGGCGUAUAAAAAUGUCUAUUCAGUAGGACCCAAGCAUAAUAUUAAAGUAGAUGUUGAUGGAAGUGGACCUUUGGAUCCCUUUCAAGUUACCUGCGAGUUUUAUUCCGAUGGCAGGACGGCUACAGUGUUACAACACAGCAAUGAACAUGUAACACAUGUUGAUGGUUUUCAAGAACCUGGCAGUUUCCGGCAGGAUAUUCAAUAUGACGCGAAUGAUGAUCAAAUCGAAGCGUUACUCAACAGAUCCCUAACUUGCCGACAACACAUUCAAUACUCAUGUAAAUCUUCAAGAUUAUUUAAUUCUCCUUCGGAUGAAUUAAACUACAAACCUUUCUCGUGGUGGGUGUCACGGCAUAAUCAACGUAUGGAUUAUUGGGGCGGUGCACUGCCUGGAUCAAGAAAAUGCGAGUGUGGAAUAUUGGGAAAUUGUCGUGAUCCAACAAAAUGGUGUAACUGCGACGCUAACUACGAUGAUUGGGCGAUGGAUGGCGGUGAUAUCACUGAAAAAGAAAAUUUACCAGUGAGACAAUUGCGUUUUGGUGAUACUGGUAAUGCUCUGGAUGAAAAAGAAGGACGAUAUGCGCUCGGACCAUUGAUCUGCGAAGGUGAUGACUUGUUUAACAAUGUUGUUACAUUCCGCAUUUCUGAUGCUACAAUUGGGUUGCCUACAUUUGACAUGGGUCACAGUGGUGAUAUUUACUUCGAGUUUAAGACAACGAUUGAAAACGCUGUUUUGUUCCACUCGAAAGGACCCAGCGAUUACAUCAAGUUGAGUAUUAUCGGUGGGACACAACUACAGUUUCAAUAUCAAGUCGGUUCCGGCCCGCUUGCUGUAACACGCGAGACUUCUUAUAAACUAGCCGAUGACAAUUGGCAUUCUGUUUCGGUGGAAAGAAAUCGUAAAUCCGCUCGGUUGGUGAUCGAUGGCGCAUUGAAAUCGGAAAUCAGGGAACCUCCAGGUCCAGUGAGAGCUUUGCAUCUUACUUCUGAAUUGAUGUUGGGAGCUACUACGGAUUACCGAGAUGGUUUCACUGGUUGCAUACGUUCGUUUUUGAUUAAUGGCGUCCAUGUUGAUUUGAGAUCCUAUGCGCGACGUGGAUUAUAUGGUAUCUCCGAGGGUUGUGUUGGUAAAUGUCAGAGUAAUCCUUGUUUGAAUAAUGGUACUUGUCACGAGCGUUAUGAUGGGUAUUGGUGUGACUGUCGUUGGACCGCAUUCAAGGGUCCAAUUUGCGCUGAUGAAAUCGGUGUUAAUCUUAGGCAAAGUUCUUUGAUCAAAUACGACUUUAUGGGUUCAUGGAGAUCAACUAUUUCUGAAAAUAUCCGUGUUGGGUUUACUACUACUAAUCCCAAAGGUUUCCUAUUGGGUUUCUCUUCGAAUAUAACCGGAGAAUACUUGACUAUCAUGAUUUCCAACUCGGGUCAUUUACGAAUCGUGUUUGACUUUGGUUUUGAACGCCAAGAAGUUAUCUAUCCGAAUAAACACUUUGGUCUUGGGCAAUACCAUGAUCUACACUUGUCAAGAAAGAAUGGUGGGGCGACUCUGGUGUUACAAGUGGAUAACUAUGAACCAGUCGAGUUCCACUUUAAUAUUAAAGCGUCUGCAGAUGCGCAAUUCAACAAUAUUCAAUAUAUGUACAUCGGAAAGAACGAAUCAAUGACAGAGGGUUUCAUUGGGUGUGUUUCAAGAGUGGAAUUUGAUGAUAUUUAUCCAUUGAAGUUACUAUUCCAACAGGAAGGACCUGGCAAUGUUAAUUCAUUAGGAACUCCAUUAACUGAAGACUUCUGUGGAGUGGAACCAAUCACUCAUCCUCCGAACAUUGUCGAAACUCGUCCACCACCAAUCGUUGACGAAGAAAAACUUAGGAAGGCCUACAAUCAAACGGACUCUGCUAUCUUGGGCAGUGUUUUAGCAAUAUUAUUCUUAGCACUUGUAAUUCUCGCUGUUCUGAUUGGUCGUUACCUGCAUCGACACAAGGGCGAGUAUUUGACGCAAGAGGACGCUGGUGCUGACACAGCACUAGAUCCGGACACUGCAGUUGUCCACGGAACAACCGGGCAUCACGUGCAAAAGAAAAAGGAGUGGUUCAUUUAAACCAAAAACAAGAAGAAAAAGAGAAGAGAAAACUCAUGUAGGCCUCAAUAGUACAACGUGUUUCAUUAUUUUUACUUUAAUUGCGUAAUGCAAGAAAAAAUUGUUUAGUUAAUUUAGCCGAGAACAACCGAAGGAGUAUUAGUUGCAUCUUAAACUUUAUGUUUCCGUCCAUACGUUUGUUUUGUACUAAUUUAUUUUUAUUUGUUUUUGACAAGAUUCUAUUCGCGGCUUUAUUUUACAUUUUUAUAUGUUUCUUACAUGCGAUGUAGAUGAAGAAGAAGGGAAAGAUAGUUAUAAGCUAGACAUGUACAUUCCGAUCGUCGAUCAAUUAGGAAAAGAUGAGAAUGGAUCUUCCACGACACGAUAUGCAAAAGUUUUUCACAUUGUAUUUUAAUACUGCGAGCGUUUUUCGAUGAUUGUCCGGAUAGAAACGCGACGUGCCUUUCUGUGGCAUUCAUUAUCAACCCGUGUGAUUUGUACAGACCCCGAGAUCAAUAUUCAUCUUUGAACACAAUUUUCAAGAGUCUUUACCGAUAAUGAAUAUUACUAGGAUACCGAUUUAACGCAGUCGUUUAAAAAUUUUUCAAAUGCGGUGCAGUGGUGCAACCGGAUGAAUUGUUUGCAUUUAAUCUUUGCAUUCUGUUUUUAGGAUACCGAUAAUUCGACUAAUUUUUCACAUUGAUUGAAUAAAUAAGAAUAAAACUUUUAUUAGAAAAAUAAUAAAA